CACACACACACACUCUCACCAUGCCUCGCAUCCUCAUCGUCGGUGGCGGCCCCGCGGGCAUCGCCGUGGCGCAGGCGCUCGCGGCCGACCUCACGGCCAAGGACGACACCGAGGUGCUCGUGCUCGAGAAGAGCAAGUACUACUACCACGCCGUGGGCACGCCGCGCGCCGUCGUGGACGCCGGCUACACCAAGAAGCUCUUCGUGCCGUACGACAACGUCAUCCCGCCGUCGGCCAAGACCUUCGUCAAGAUCCAGCGCGCCGUCGUGACGCGCAUCGUGCCCGGCGCCAACGAGGUCGAGUACGCGCCCAUCGACGAGGCCGGCGACCUGCUGGCGGGCCCCGUCAAGAGCCUGAGCUUCGACUACCUGGUGGUGGCCACGGGCAGCACGUACACGGUGCCCAUCAAGCAGCCGGCCAACAACUUCAAGCGCUCGACCACGGAGACCAAGCUGGCCGAGGUGCGCGAGCAGGUCAAGGCCGCCAGCAGCGUGCUCAUCGUGGGCGGCGGCGCCGUGGGCGUCGAGGUGGCCGGCGAGAUCAAGGCCAAGUACCCGAGCAAGACCGUGACGAUCCUCGAGGGCAAGGACAAGCUGGUCGCGAGCGACGACGUGCGCGACAAGUUCCGCACCAAGCUGUCCACGUACCUCAAGCGUCUGGGCGUCAAGGUGGUGCUGGGCGAGCGCCUGACGGAGCGCCUCAACGGAAACUCCUUCGAGAAGCGCACGCUGCGCACGGACAAGGGCACGGAGAUCGAGUCGGACGUGCAGCUGCUGUGCGGCGGCUUCAGCCCCACGACGGAGCUCAUCCAGAAGCUGGACGCGAGUCUGGUCACGCCCGAGGGCUUCAUCAAGGUCAACAGCAAGCUGCAGCUGGACAGCGCGCAGUACUCCAACAUCUACGCGCUGGGCGACGCGAGCAACAGCCCCGCGCCCAAGCGCAUGUUCUACGCCGGCCUGCAGGGCAAGCACCUGGGCGCCGAGCUGGCGCUGGUGGCGCGCAAAACGCAGAGUAACGUGAGCAAGCCGUUCCCCAAGGUGGAGGUGGUGGGCACGAUGCUGCCGCUGGGCCCGAACGGCGGCGUCUCGCAGCUGCCCGUCAUGGGCGGCGUGGUCAUGGGCAACCUCAUCACCAAGUCCAUCAAGUCCAAGGACUACUUCGCCGGCAUGGCCUGGAAGAACAUGGGCGCCGUCGUCCCUAACUAAGCUGCUAGGUAGUGGAGUUUGUUAUAAGUUACCCACGCAGGUCUAGGAUCUGUGUACUCUUUAUCAAAGAAUUUAUGCGGUUUUCCUCU